AUGCGGUCUAUACACUGCACAGGAGCAGCAGCAAGACCCCACGCUGCUGCUGCAGCAGCUGCUGCGGUGUCUGCUUCUCUUCUCCCCCCUGAAGCUAUCAUUCAACUCAGCCAGCUGCAGCAGCAACUGCAGCAACUGCAGCAGCAACUGCAGCAGCAGCAGCAGCAGCAGUCUUUCGAUUGGUCUUUGGCGUGUCUGCUGUGUUUCUGUUGGUUGGUUGCUGUGGGGGGCAGCAGCAACAGAGGGGACUAUCAUUCAACUCAGCCAGCUGCAGCAGCAACUGCAGCAGCAACUGCAGCAGCAGCAGCAGCAGCAGCAGCAGCAGUCUUUCGAUUGGUCUUUGGCGUGUCUGCUGUGUUUCUGUUGGGUGGCUGCUGUGGGGGGCAGCAGCAACAGAGGGGACAGCAGCAGCAGCAGCAGAACAAGCAGGAGCAGGAGCAACGCCGUCAUCAGAAGCAGCAGCAGCAGCUGCUGCAGACAUAUCCGGCAGCAGCAGCAGCAGCAGCAGCAGCAGCAGAGCUAACAGCCACGCUGCAGCGAACUGUCCGCAGGGUGCGUGCGCUGCUGUGUUCUGCUGCUGCUGCUGCUGCUGCAGCAGCAGCAGCAGCAGAAGCAGAAGCAGCAGCAGCAGCAGCAGCAGCAGAACAAGCAGGAGCAGGAGCAACGCCGUCAUCAGAAGCAGCAGCAGCUGCUGCUGCAGACAUCUCCGGCAGCAGCAGCAGCAGCAGCAGCGCCUGCAGCAGCAGCAACUGCAGCAACUGCAGCAGCUGCAGCAGCAGCUGUAGCUUGGAAGAGUUAUUUGGCGUAGAUAGUUUGAUGCUGCACAGCAGCAGCAGCAGCAGCAGCAACGCUGCAGCAGCAAUGCCUCUGUCUUUGGCUUUGUGGGCCUUUAGGGUCCUAGACAGAGCAGCAGCAGAACAGCUGCUAGGAUCAGCAGCACUUGCUGCAGCAGAUGCAAAGCUGCUGCUGCACCAGCAGCAGCAGCAGCAGCAGCAGCAGCAGGGGGAUAGGGAUGGGUGUGAUGGUGCCGCUGCAGCGCGGAGAACAGCAGGGCAGCAGCUGCUGCAGCAGCAGCAGCAGCAGCAGCAACGUCUGCUGCUGCAGCAGCUGCUGCAGCGAGAGGGUAAUAAAGAACUACACAGCUCUGCUUUCCUUCUGUCUCUUCCUGCUGCUGUGCUGCAGCAGGGGCCCUACUCCUACAUGCUGUCUUGCUGCUUCCUGUCUGAGUCUGUUGCUGAUAGGCAGCAGGCGUUUGCUGCUGUUGCUGCACUUGUUGCUGCUGCUCCUGCUGCUGCGCUGCAGCUGCUGCCAGCACUCCACUUUGCUGCUCCACGGCUACCCACAGCACCCGUCGUCAGGGCAAUCCUGCAGUGGAGACAGCAGCAGCAGCAGCAGCAGCAGCAGCAGCAACAGCAGCAGCAGCAGCAGCAGCAGCAGCAGCAGCAACAGCAGCAGCAGCAGCAGCAGCAGCAGCAGCAGCAACAUGAAGACCCAUUGCUCCCGGAUGAGUUUAUUUUGUUUGAUGGGGACGAGGCGUUGGCUGCGAAGGCAAUUGGCGGACCAACAGCAGCAGCAACAACAGCAGCAGCAGCAGCAGCAACAGCAGCAACAGCAGCAGCAGCAGCAGAAAGACAGCAGCUGCUGCGGGGACUCAGCCGCAUAUUUGCUCUGUCUGUGCAGGCCCUCGCCUCCCUCGGCAUCCACAAGACAGCCGUUCUCCCAGUAUACAGAGCCCUAGCAGACUUGCUGCCGCUGCAGCAGCAGCAGCAGCAGCAGCAGCAGCAGCAACAGCAGCAGCAGCAGCAGCAGCAGGAAGAAGUGCAGCAGUGGGGACCCCUGAGUGUUGCACAGGAUGAAUGGCUCUGCGCCUCAAUCGGCGCCACUGGGGGUGGAGCUGUAUCGUUGUGCUGCUGCUGCAGCAUCAGCAGCAGCAGCAGCAGCAGCAGCAGCAGCGGCAGCAGCAGCAGCGGCAGCAGCAGCAAGAGUGUAUUGAGUACAUUUUCGAGUUCAUCUAUUAGGGGGAAUAUCUGCAGCCGUUGCUGCUGCUGCUGGCGUUGCUGCUGGUGCAGCAGAGACCCUUUAGGGGCCUUUGCUUGCUGGUUUGCUGCUGCUGCUGCUGCUGCACCGCAGCAGCAGCAGCAGCAGCAGCAGCAGCAGCUGUUGUCUAUGAACAGCCGUUGGUUCCUCUUUAUGCGCGGCCUCUCCCGGCUUGCUGCAUAUGAUGAGCUGCCACACUCCAAGCUUGCUGCUGCUCCUCCUCUUCCUGCUGCUGCUGCUGCUGGUGCUGCUGCUGCUGGCGCUGCUGCAGCUGGUGCUGCAGCAGCAGCAGCAGAGGAAGAGCAACUAACGAAGAGAGAGUCCGAAGAAGUCUCUUCUGCUUCUGCUGCAGCAGCAGCAGCAGCAGCACCAGCAGCAGCAGCUGCUGCUGCUGCUGCUGUGUGGUGCCCUUUUGUUCUUCCUAAAGCAGCAACACCGCUGCAGCAGCUGCUGCUGUCUUACU